AUGGCAGGUGUUAAUCACGUUUUAAGAUACCUGGCAUCAACAAGUGAGUUAAAGCUUCACUAUAAGAAGUGCGAGCAGGCGCUUGUUGGAUACGUCGACGCCGACUGGGGAGGUGAUCACACGAAUAGACGUUCAUAUACCGGAUACGUGUUCUAUCUGGCUGGAGGAGCGAUUUCAUGGAAAUCCGAGAAGCAGCACAGCGUGGCACUCAGCAGCACGGAGGCUGAAUACAUGGUUUUGUCAGCCGCUUGCAAGGAAGCAGUUGCAUUGAGGCGACUAUUUGUAGAGAUUGGCUGCGGUGAUGAACUGCAGAUCCUAGCUGAGGACUCUGUUCCUUAUCUUUCGGGCAUCUGCUUGAAGAUAAGUAGCAGAAUCCAUGACAAUAAAGUGCAGACCGGUUCUACCGGCCCUGCCAACAACAAGGUGGAGUCCAUGGCAAGCAAGCGCCAACGGUCCGCUGAGAGUCCCAAGCAAGGGGCUCCAGUGAGCAAGAAGCUGCGAGCAUCUGGCUCCACCAACACGGACUCGAACAGGACGAAACAGAGAGCAACGGUUGCUGAAACUGCCAGGCGGCAUCUCGCCGUUGCUCUCAUAGACAGAGGGGACCCUAACGGGAAAAUGUCUGCAGAGCGGUGGCGGUUGACCCAUAGUAAGCUGGUCGACGCACUGUUUGUCAGGAUGGAGAAUGUCCCAGACAGUCCAAUGCCUACAUUCGAAGGCACUGGCUGGCUGAAUGGUGUCAAGAUCCUGACAUGCAAGGACGACCCAACUUUGCAGUGGCUGCAAGCGACCGUACCCAAACUGGACGGGCUGUGGGAGGGGGCCAAGCUGGACGUGGUGGACAGGAAUAAUAUUCCGUCCAUGCCGAAGGCGAAAGUCCUUUUCCCAAUAGUUGUCCAGGGAGAGCGGGCGCUUCAGCUGCUUAAAAAGCAGAACCCGGCCAUACCGACGAGUGAUUGGUCCGUGCUGAAGGUUAAUGAACCUUUACCCAGUGGUGGGCAGCACGUGAUCAUUCAGAUCAACAAGGAGGCCGAGGAUCUGCUAUAUAAACGCAAUGGGAAGAUGGCGUGGGGCUUAGGGAGCGUGUACCUUCGCCUCAAGAAACGUCAUCCGAACGACAAUGACACACACACGCUGAGGUCUGGGGAGGUUGAGGCAGAUCUCGGUCUCGAGAGCGUGACCGACGCCACCCAGCACCUCAGCCUGACUGACAAGACGGAGGAGGUGGGGGAGGAACUGUCCAUGGAGACGGGCCCCCCCGCGAGUUUGCUAACCUCUAAUGAGUGUGCUGCAACUCAACCUCCAUAAAUCCAAAACGGCUUCGGCGGAGCUACUCCUUGCCCUGGAGGAAGUGUCCGCCUACGCGGCUUUGGUCCAAGAACCGUGGAUAGCGUCGGGCAACACGGUGGCUGGACUGAAGUCGCCCAACUAUGAUUUAUACGUCCCGACAUUGCAACGACGAUCUAACCGUGGUGGUGCUGGAGAG